CUGCCAUAAACAUAAGCCUCAGCUUAACUUUCAAUUUAUCCUGACGGUGGUUUUUAGAUUGUUGCAUUUCUUAAGAUCAAAUGGGCAAAUUGAACAAACAGGGAAAUUAGUUCUCACUCAUCUAAACUUGGAAAUAAACUUAUAGACUUAUAGUACAUCAACUUUGUUAUAUAACUGAGCAACCAAUCAGUUGCGAUCAGUGAAAAGCGAGCACCGGUUACGAUUCAACGUUGGUUAAUAUAAAAUCUGAAUCCGCAGCUCAAGAGUCAAGUUGUAAGCGAAAAAAAACCUAAAGUGUAAAUAAAGAAGAAAUAGUGUAUACCAACGGAAGUGGCCGUUUCAUAUGAUAGUUCGAUCACCUCCGGUAAAGAUUUUGCGAUAACCGGUGGCCAUUUGAUUGUGUUUUAUUCGUUCGGGUUCAACCGACUGGAUCGGAUUGUAUUGGAGAUUUAAAAAAGUGUGUGGUACCGUGAAUUCAGUCUCAGGGGUGAAGAAUUCUUUCAAAUACGAAAGGCGAAAUUGGCUAUUGAGUUGAAAUAUUGUGUUACUGGAAUAAAGCGAUAUGCGUUUAGUUCAUGUGGAUGCGAUAGUGAAUCAAAGAAUUCAACCAAAUUGUUUGGUCGAAGUAGCAAAUAGUGAUUUUCGCAAGUAACAAGUGUAUUACGUUCGACAGCAGGGUCUGCCAGUUAAAAAUCAAGCUGUUGUACAGUGUAAUAUCCGCACGAGGGCUGAAUGAAUGAUGGAAGCGCGUGUCAACGGAGGAGCACUUUUUCGCGAGAUCCACAAGAACACCUGGCUUCGAAGACUGAAUGUUGAUGGAAAACGACCUUCUGUACUAGCAAAGAAAACGGAUCGCUACUGGGUAGUGUUUUGCGUCCAUGAUGACAGCGAAGCCUUCCUGGAAGGUUAUCUCGAUCCAAGGCAGGCUCCAUCACACAGCCCGGAAUGGACCCUUUCGCUGCAGACGGUGCAACACGUUUCUCACGCACUCGUUCCGGUCGAGCAAGAGUUUGAAUUUGUGAUAACCCUAGGAAAUGAUGUCGCACGUUUCAACGCCAAUACCUGGGAUUGCAUGCAAGAGUGGGUCGAAUCGUUGCGAUCCAAACUGAGAGAGAUGAAACUUCUUUCACCGAAGGAAAAUCUUUACUCUAAGCUACCGGAGGUAAGACCUUCUUUGGCUCCGACGAGAGAUCCUACAUCACCACUGCCAGCUACACCCCCGGUUCCGGCUGCAAUUGUACCUGGAAUAGAACGCGUUCUGCCAUCGUCUCUACACACUCACUCUGCUCAGCAACUAGGAUCCAAUAGCGCUCCUUCAACUUCUUCGCAAGCUAUUAUUACUCCGGCAACUCCACCAACGAGUUCUUCUUCUAUAAGUCCUAUACCGGGCAGCUCACCACCGCAUGCACCCCCAACCACUGCCGCCAUGUCCAACACAUCCACGCAGAAUCUAAUGAAUUUGCUCAUUAAUCCUUUACAAGCCGUCAGCAGUAUAAAUAACCAGCAUAUCAGCAGUCAACACCUUUUCGAUGCCAUAUCACUUGCAUCCGAUCUUUCCGACAACAGCGUUGAUGAUUAUUCGAAAGAUCUCAUAAAACAGUUCAUUCUUAAUGGUAGUUCGCUAGCAUCACCACCUCCUGCAAGUGGAUCAAGCACCUCCACAGUGGCUAUUCCAUCGAGUAGUAGUUCUUCCAACGCAGCUAAAUCUACAAAACUUUCUCAUGAAAAUGAAGGAUUACAUCAACAGAAUAAUGCACCAGUCGUGGCUGCUUGUUCAUCUUCGCUAGCUACAACGUUCGCGAACAACGUACUCGCCGAUCCGGGAACUACAUCGCUCAAGAGAAUCAAUCAGAAAGUGUUAGUCGACGUUAAGGCGGAUGACUCCCUCACUUCCCCGGAAAGCGGAAGUGACGAAGAUGCUGAUGUCAGUAACAGCUCUGGUUCCAGUUCCAGUCGAUGUAGCAGUGCCAGUAACAGUAGCACAGGGGGUUCAUCAGAAGGAAAUGGCAAUGAGUCAUCGUUAAUAUUAUCGCCAACUGUUGCAUCCCAAACCAUGACCGAUCCAAUCUCGUCUUCAUCGCCGUUUUGCAAGUCAAGGUUAGUACAUCACACUGGACAGAAAAAAACUCGUCGAAAAUCUUCACAAAAAACAAGUGACUCGUCUGCAAACGUAACGAUCAUUGAAGUGUCCAAUGGAACUGCAGCGAAUGCAGCUAAACGAAUUCUUUCUCCCAGCGCAAAACGCCGUACUCCGAAAAUUUUACAAAGUACUAAAAUUUUAAACAACUCUAGCUCAAUAAUUACGGAUGAUAUUAUUGAUGAUAAUUUCAAAAGUAAUGUACAGAUAAUUCCGUCCAAUAUUGAAUACGAUCAUCAUUAUCAUCCUUACCUACAAAAUCAAGAGCCUUCCAUCAUUGCGUCGAUCAACGACAAACAGAUUACGACUGUCAAGGUACCUAAUCUUACUAAUAAUACCAGCAAUAGUGGGAAUGUGCUCAUUAGUUCAGCAACGGUUUCAUCAGAUCAGCCGAAUGCUAUCACGACUAUUGCGACUUCUUCUACGCCGAUCAAAUCUGACAGUAACUUCGGCACUGUCACACAAAUCGCUGUUAAUUUAUGUGAUAGACCUGAAACUCCUCCACAGCAGCAACACUACGAACAAGUGUUCCUGUUAUCAACACCUGUCCAAGUGAUCAACAGCAUAGAUCAACCAAUUAGUCUGCAAUCGCCUCCGAUUUCUACUGGAAAUUCGGCGGCUGCGAACAAGUUGAAUAAGAACAAGGUCAGUCUACUUAGCAAACAGCCACGUUCAUCUAGUCAUUCCGAAAUCCAAGUCAAUCGAGUCAAACAUCUCCGCAACGGACAAGGAAAUAAGGAGAAUCAGAGUGAAAGUAGCACCGCCAAUAGCCAUCUAGAUGAAUCCGGAUCGAAAUCUGAAAUUCAACCAUCAACCAGUAGUCCUACAGUUCCUUCAACAAGUUUGAGUCCAUCCAAAAGACCAGCAGUAGAUAAAAACAUCUAUACACCUCAACCGCAACGCCCCAUUCUACAGCGAGGGCUAACGGAAAUGAUUAUCAGUAGGUCAACUAACGCAGUUGCUACCGGAGGUCGAGAUAGUUCAUCCCGGAGUCGACAGAACGCUGUGGCUGUGAACCAAUCUGCCGAUAAAGUUCGAAACGAAGUAAUCGAACAACGUAGAAGAAGCUCAUCCACUUCCGAUGCACACCCGGAAUCAACGGGAAAUCCUGCAAUGAGAGCUCGUUUAAAUGGCGUAUCUCGUUUGCAAUCUCCUCCGCAGCCGUUUCGACCGCAUCAUCAAUUCAUUAAUCAACAUGAUCCGCUGAAUGGAUCGAAUAGAAAAAUGACCCUCCGGGAACAGCAAGUUAUGCAACUACGCCGAGAGAUGAUGCACCCUGGUGGAGUGCGAUUGCAGUUGAGGCGAAAGGAUUGCAUAAAUUCCAUUGGACUGAUAGAUGCGUUCGGAGCUGUUUGGGUUGCUGGUUGGAAACAAAAGGAUCACCCAGUGCUAUACAAUGCAUUGCACAUUGGUGAUCAAUUAAUUUCUGUUGCCGGAAUGACAAUUGCAAGCGCUUCCGAAGCGCACAAAGCAAUACGAAGUGCGCCAGGACUAUUCGUGGAAUUAAUCAUUCGGCGAGUACCAUUCGGCCGAGUGUAUGCAAUUCGUCGGGAGCUAGACGGUCAGUGUUUGGGUUUGAUUAGAGACGGAAAUACUGCAACAAUAGUGGACGUUGUACCUAACAGUCUUGCCGCACGACAUGGACUUCCUCCGAAGGCUCAAUCUUGUGAUGGACUUUCGCUUACGUUUUGGGUGCUAACAGAAAUAAAUGGUCGCCCGCUGAACUUAUUCUUCAAGGAAAAUGAAAUACGUGAUCGUUUGAAUGCCGUCGGAAGAGACAUAUCAAUAUUGGUUCAACCAGCGGACUUAGUCACCAAACUGAAGAAACAGUUAAAAUCGUUACGCGGUCACAAAGACUUUAUCGUGCAAUAGAGUGGUAUUUGUAUAUAGUACAUUGCAACUCGUCGUGAUAAGGUGCUGAAUAAUCGGAAUCUAUGUUCAAGUGCGAUCAAUGUGUGUGAUAAUAUAAUACCCGUCAGGGUAGAUACAACUUAUUUGUUUGCUGAAACAUGCAGUAAUCAUUUAAUAAACCCGAAAAAGUAUUUGGAAAAUAGUAAUAUCAUAGGUAAUGUUUUGAAAACUAAAUUUAUUAUUUCUGAAAGUGAACGGCAUAGAGUGACCUUUAGGCAUAUUUAACCAAUUAAAAAUACAAAUCAAAGAAACUCGAAAGGCUGUACUAGAAAACGGUGAAUAUUCAUAAAUAUAGGAUAUAUAGCAAACAUUCGAAAUAGACUACUUCCUGGCAAGGUAAGUUCAAAAAUCAUCUACAACUUUUAGAAACUUUUGUAGUAUUGCAUUCAUAGAAAUAUAUACAUGUCAGCAAUAGUAUUUAAAAUUGAAAAAAAAAAACAACCAUACGUACUACUGAAACCAUUUUGGCAGCAAAUAAUCAUUUACAAUGCAUAGUGCUGGUCAUAUUUUUUAUACUAGAUCAUUUUUAAUAUCGUAGCACGAAACCGAGUAACAAACCAGCUAAAUUGAUUAAAAAAUUGAGUGCAGCAGUCGUAGGUGAUACAUUUUCCUAGUGUAAUUUCUCCACAGUACUAUAAUCAAAUUUAGUUGAAACUUUUCUCAAUAAAAUCUAUUAAUGGAAUUAUACCUAAAAUCUAUAGAA